AUGUUUUACUCUUUUCAUAAGAGCCAUAGGUGCCGGUUGAGCUAUUUUGUCCCAUUCUGGAUCGCGUUCAUGGGCGCAAACAUCCGCGGUCUUGCCGCAAUCGCUCAUCGUUAUGGGAAAUUUGUUGGAUGGUCUCCUAGUCAGAAGCAGUUUGCUUCUUUCCAACAUGGCUGGCACUUUUCGCUCAAUUGUCCGAGCAAGACCAAUGGCAGCAUCUACCACCAGGCGGAUUUUGGCGAAAUAACUACUUCGCGCCGUCUUGACGAUAUUUGCUGUGCACGGCGCUCAUAUGCGGCCUCCGCACACAGAUCUUUGUGGCAAGUCAGUAAGGCGUGUCGCUAUCAUGGUCGCCCCUGCCACAGCAUCCAUUUCGGGCCCCACGCCCUUCUAGGCAUGAUCAGUCUUCUGCGCCACGCCACCGCGAGCGGCUGCCUUCACCACGUCAACUUCUAUAUUCCUGAUCGCGCAUACCUGGUCAUUCUUGCUUGCGCCUUUUCCUGCCGGCAGAGCUGGCAUAAGCUUUUAACACCCGCAGAGCCUGCGUUGAUAAGAUGCAACGCAGUCAUUGCACAAAGUUUACUUUCCAAGGUCCCUACACUGAACGCAAUGCCUGCUUCCUCCAGAGACUCCUUAUGCUCCUUUUGUCAACCACAAACGCAAUGCACCCACCAAGGACACGACAGCAUCAGAUUUGGUCGGAGCCCGGCAAGCGACAGCGCCAGGCCGAAUGCUUUGGAUUUGCCUCUCGAUCCCUCACUGGAGUGCCCGACUGACCCCUUGCGAGACAAUGACUGGGGGCGGUUUGUCAACGACGACACUACGACCGCGAAGCACACAGAGACCAACCAGGCUCGGGGCAGCCCCACAAGCCCGCUGUUUCACUAUCAUCGUCCGGACCUUAGUCCGCAAAACAUGACGGCAGCGCAACAAACAACGACCGAGGCAGACCUAGUUCGACACGACCUCAAUGGCCAUGUUACACGUCCCAGCAAGCGAAAACGAUACGACGAUGCGGCGGAUUGUGCUGGAACGGCCUGCUUGGAGGCUCUAGAAGAACAGCUUAGGCUGUGCGUGCAGCGCUUCACGCGUAGGGCCGUGUCUAUAAUGCUUAGCGGCAUAGACGAAGCGGGUAAUCGUUUUACUUUACAUAUUGGUGCUGAGACCAGCGAAUAA